AUGAGCGAAAACAAAAGUUCAGGCUACGCUUCCAAACUCACUGCAAAGCGCGUGCUGGUUCUCGGAGGUACCUCAGGCAUCGGGUUAGCGGUCGCAGAAGCUGUCAAGGAGUUUGGUGGGAAAAUCUUCGUAUCAAGCUCGAGCCAAAGCAAGAUAGAUGCGGCCAUCUCGAGGUUGAACGCUGCUGAGAAUAAAGUCCUGUACAGAGCUGAAACCAAGGCACAGGGCUAUCGCUGUGAGCUUGAUAAUUUGGAAGAACUUGAGAGUAACUUGAUAGCACUGUUUGAGCAUGUCACCGAGGGGCGGCGACACAAGCUGGAUCAUGUCGUCUACACAGCAGGCAACAAGGUGGGAUCGGUCCCCCUCACAGUCACAGACACGAAGAUGAUUACCGAACAUGGUAUCUUGCGAUUCUAUGUACCAAUAAUCAUCGGCAAGCUUGCAUUGGACUAUAUUACGGUCAGUGCCCAGUCAUCGAUCACUUUGACCAGCGGUGUGAACAAUAUCAAACCGGUGGCAGGACGAGUACUGAUGGCUGGUUGGGGCUCUGGAGUUGAAGGCAUCACGCGUGCUCUCGCCGUUGAUUUGAGGCCUAUUAGAGUGAAUUGCAUCUGUCCUGGGCCGACCAAGACAGAACUAUUCGAUGGAUUUCCUGAUGAUGUGCUUCAACCUCUUCUGGAAAGGUAUAAGAGCUCAACCAUGACCAGAACAAUCGGCACCCCGGAGGAUGUAUCAGAGUCUUAUCUCUACUGUAUGCGGGAUACUUUCGUAGAUGGCACCGUCAUUCACUCCAGUGGGGGCUACCUGCUAGCUUGA